CAAUUAUGUUUGGAGCAUUUGGUGGACCUUUUGUUAUGGGCCUCAUUACUGAAUCAAAGGUGAUAUAUAUAGAUCCAUCUACAGAGAAACCCUAGCCUGGCGGAACUGCACUUCACUUUCUCUUCGAGAUGGCAAAGUCGAAGAACCACACAGCUCACAACCAGUCCUACAAGGCCCACAAAAAUGGCAUUAAGAAACCCAAGAGGCAUCGCCACACUUCCACCAAAGGGAUGGAUCCCAAGUUUCUGAGGAAUCAGAGGUAUGCGAGGAAGCACAACAAGAAGAGUGGGGAAACUGCCACCGAGGAAGAGUAAAGUGGCACUAUCUAACGGAACUAUUAUUAGAGUUUUUUUUUAUUUAAUUGGAAUCUUUGUUUGAUGUCUAUCUUCAGUAGUAUAAUUAAUUUGUUCACAGAGAACUCUGUACUCUUAUAGAUAUUUUUCUGGUUUUGUUGAAGACUCUUGAUUUUUUUUUUUCUUUCAAUGGAAUGUUUAGUUUGUUAUAGCUGUGCUUAUGGAGAGUUGAAUCUUGACUUUACUGUUUUUAAUACUGGGAAUAAAAGGGAGGUAGCUUUUGCUUC